AUUGCGAGCAGGUGUGUGUAUAUUCGUCUCGUUAGCGAUCCCAAUCGAAACUUAGAGAAAUCAUUAUCUAUUCGCAUAAUCAAACAAUUAAAACUCGCAAUAAUAACGAACAACGUCACGACACGAGCGCUGCGCUAAUUUAUCAGUCAUACAUCAGCGAUGCUGUCGCAUCGAACGUGGAUAUUUAAUAUCGUUCUCUUGACGUUUUCUCUGUAAUAACACGAAGGGAAUCCGUUCCAGUGAGCUCUGUUUCUGUUCGUUAAGUAUGUACAAAAGAUAGGGGAACAAUAAUCUGGUAGUCUGGAUUAUACUAUCGCGAGCAAUAUAAUUCCCCAGAGGUUAAUGUUACAAAACUAACCUCAAUCACAAUGCACUAUCCGAGCGAAUCGUGUAGCGCGCAAAUAAAUACAACAGAAUAAAAAUGACGAAUGAAAUUUCCAGUCUAUUCGUCGACUUGACCUUAAGAAUUUAAUUUGUAAAAAUAUCGAAUUCUCGUUUAUUCAGCGGAAGAAUAUAGCCGCGUGUCGUUGCACCGGUACAUUCGCGCGAGGUUUCAUCGCCGACCAAUCAGCAUUUCGUCUUAUCUAUCAGUAGUAGGCCGCAUUUAAUAAACGCAACCCGUCGAGGUUCUCUUCUCGUCGGUUUUUAUCGAAAUCGGCGGCGUUUCGGAUAGAACCCACGUUCGCUGUCGUGCAAUUUACCGGUGGCGAAAUGUAAUCGAAAACAUGAACUUCAUCGAAGAUCACUACGCGUUCGAUCAUCCGCCGUCGAUCGCCUACGGUAUACCGACCUUCGGAGGGUUCCUGGAUUUCGUUAUCGUCUCUAAGACGACAAUCGACGGGUUCGAAGAUUUGGAUGGAUCCACUAAUAGCUUGCUGGAGAGGCGGAAACUCGGUCCACCCGAAAACACCACUGUAUACACCGUAGCCGAUAGGGAUACUUUGACGUCGGUGGCGGCGAGAUUCGACACCACCCCGUCGGAAUUGACGAAAUUGAAUCGGCUGGCGACGCCGUACAUAUUUCCCGGUCAACAGUUGUACGUGCCGAACAGGGAGCAGGCGGAAAACGAUUCGGAGGGUUCCACGCCCGUCGAGGAUUCGCACGAUGAUCUGCCGCCCGCGGAAAAAGAGCUCCUCGAAAACCUGCGGCCCGUCAGCCCGAAGCCGGGCCACGUGGAGCGCGUCCGCACGCCCUCCUGCCCCGGCAGCGGCGGCGGCGCCUCCGCCGACUUCGAGGACUCCGAGUCGGCCGUCUUUCGCGAGCGCUUCCUCAAGAUCAACGUGCGCCACAUCACCGACGGCCAGGGCGUCGUCAGCGGCGUGCUGCUCGUCACCCCCAACGCCGUCAUGUUCGAUCCGAACGUCAUCGAUCCGCUGGUGAUCGAGCACGGGCCGGAGGCGUACGGCGUGAUCGCCCCCAUGGAGUUCGUCGUCAACGCGGCCAUCUACAACGACAUCGCCCACAUGCGGGUGGGCCACUGCGAGACGAGCUCCGCCGGCGGCGACAAGCAGGAGAUCUACUAUCCGAAGAGCGAGAAGGAGGAGGAGCAGGAUUCGAUGAUGGUUAAGGACGAGACGUUUCCCGAAUUAGUCGCAGGCGAUGACGCCGAGUCGGUGUGUUCGUGUACUGAACGCGAAGGGGACGCUUUUCCGAAGGCUUUCGAACGGGAUUUAGUCACACCUACGAAUUUAGAAGAUUCGGAUAAUAAUCCGAAAACGGCGGAGGAGAGACGGAAGUCGCUGUUGGAUCACCAUUGGGCCAUACCUUCAAGAGAUAGAGCAUCGAUAGAUACAGAUGAAAUGCCGGCCGUAACGCCGCCGUGUUUGCCGGAAGAACAAGAUCAAAAAGACGACGAUAAUAACAAAGAGAGUUGCCACGAUUCGGGAAUCGAUAUUAGAGAAACUAGUUUACCGCCAGUACCACCGCCGCAAGUAAAAAAAGAUUGGGUGCCGCCCAUCACGAUAGCCCCUACGAACAUGAAUCUGUCGAGCGACACGAUCGACACGCAGGCGCGGAAGAAAACGAAUUCGGUAUCGUUCAGUUUGGAUUCCAGCUCGGAGGCGGACAUGGCGAAUCAGCUGCCGCCCCUCUCCGCCGGCGCGCUGGAAUCCAAGGACGACGGAGAAAAGGCUGAUAGUAGGAAAAAUAAGAUGUUGAAAAGACUGUCGUACCCUUUGUCUUGGGUGGAAUCGACCCUCGGAGGCGAAAAGGACGAAGACAAAACCCCUAGUCAACCCCAUUCGGCCGCCGACGUUCAACAUUCAUCGGUUUUCUCCAAAGUAUUUUCGAGCUCGCCCAUACACCUGUCGGAUUUCGGCGCGGGCCUGUUCCACAAGACGCCGUCGGAGGACAGCGGCUCGGGCGGCUCGGCGGGGCCGCAGUCGGGCGGCAGCGGCGGCCCGCCGCUGACCGGCGACUCGACGUCGAGCAGCUUUUUCCCGACGAACAUCAUCAGUUCGGUGGGCGCGAUGGGCGCGCAAGUCGGCGCCCAGGUGGGCGCGAUGGGGGCGCACGUGGGCGCCCACGUCGGAGCGAUGGGCGCGCAGGUCGGCGCCUCCGUCGGAGCGAUGGGGGCGACGGUGGGCGCCAUGGGGGCGCACGUGGGAGCCUCGGUGGGCGCUGUGGGGCGAUCAUCUGUGGGUACUUUCAUGAGGCAAUCGACGGAGAGCAGUACCAAAUCGAAAGCGCCCGUACCGAAAUUGGAUUACAGGUCGAUGGUGUCCGUCGAGGACAUGCCGGAAUUGUUUGUAUCGUUCGACAAACUGAUCCCGAGGCCGGCUAGAUCGUGCGACGAUCCGCCGCUGUACCUCAGAUUGCGAAUGGGCAAACCCUUGAACAAAGUUAUACCGCGAUCCACGCCCUUGAUGUCCUACGGGAAGAAGAAGAUGCGACCGGAGUAUUGGUUCGGGGUGCCGAAGAACCGCGUCGACGAACUCUACAGGUUCAUACAGGCUUGGGUGCCCCAUUUGUACGGAGAACUGAACGAAGAAAAGGUCAAAGAGAGAGGCUUCAUGUUGGUGGAAAUGGACACGGAACUCUGGAGCGAGGAACCGACGCCUUCGGCCAGCCGGCACGGCAGCCAAGACGGGGAGAUAUCCGAAUUAACCAAAGAAAGCUGGGAGCUGAUCAAGGCGCCCUAUGUUAAGAUCUACAGCAUCAUCAAGACGCAGACAAUGUCCGCGGACGGCGGCGAUGAGGUGUUGCCGAUGUCGGAGGAACUCCGCAGGGCGUUCUACUCGUCCUCGGCGGCGCCCUCGUUGGACAUCGAGCUGUCGCCGCCCGACCUGGUGGGCACCACCGAGAUCCUCACCGACUACCACAGGGAGAACCUGUGCAGGCACUUGCCCGCCAGGGCGGAGGGCUACGCGUGGACGUUGGUGUUCAGCACCCUCCAGCACGGCUUCAGCCUCAACUCGAUGUACAGGAAAAUGUACAAGCUUGAAUCGCCCGUACUCAUGGUCAUCGAAGACACAGACAAUAACGUAUUUGGUGCUUUGACCUCGUGCGCACUGCAAGUAUCCGAUCACUUUUACGGAACGGGGGAAUCUUUGUUGUUUUCGUUCACGCCGGAAUUCAAGGUGUUCAAUUGGACAGGGGAGAAUUUGUACUUUAUCAAAGGCAACAACGAAAGCAUCAGCAUAGGUGCUGGUGAUGGGAAGUUCGGUUUGUGGUUGGACGGGGACCUUUACAUUGGUAGAUCGGAAUCGUGCAAGACGUACGGCAACGAUCCCCUCACGCCCAAAAUCGAUUUCGUGGUUAAAACGCUGGAAUGUUGGGCGUUUGUAUCCAGUUAAUUUGUGAUCGCGACAGGAGGAGAGAAACUCGCGUUAAACAGUGGUGCAUAUCACGGAUGGGAACGAAAAAUAAAAUAUUUUUACAAAAACUAAUACAAACAAAAUAAGAUUUAACAUUUUUAGCUGAAGCUUUAGUCGUUAGAGAAGUGAGAACAACACAACUGCACAACUGUACGUUGAAAAAAAAAACUAAAUCAUCCAAAUACAAAUUAAAAAAAUAUAUAUUGGAAAAGCAAGAAGAUAAUUUAUUGUAGAGGUAAAAAAGACGGCUGCCGUAAUCGUAAAUGUGGCGCGUUGAAAUUUAGUUUUUUAUGAAAUAAUGUUACAAAAUGGAAAAAAAUUGUUAAAUGGAAUAUCAUAAAUUGUACGCUUACAAAUAGUUCGACUUUAGCUCGGCCAAAACUAUCUGAAAUUCAAUUGUAGAUACAAACUGUCUGUUCCUUCAGUGUUUUCCCCAAAAGUGAUAUUUUUUCAAAUCCAAAAAAAGAUGAUAUAUAAUAUAUUUUUUCAUGAACAAAUUCGAAUUUCAGGUAGUCUUGCGUUCUCGGUCCAUUUUACUUUAUCGAAUGAGCAAACAAUUUUUCUCUAACAACCUAAAAGAUUCUCAAACGAACGAACAAACUUGAUUUCCGUAAAAUAAAAUGAACCGCAAAGAACACGACAAAUUCAAAAGAAGUAUUUUUCAUAAGAGAGGUGCUUAUAUCGCAGAUCAAAGUCGCUUUGAUUUCAUUUUUAUCGUAUUCCGUAUGUGUGGAAAUUUUUAGUUUGACUAGUCAUUUUUUUUUUCACUAAUUUGUAUUUUUUUAGUAACCAGUCGGUUGGAAUUGUGCGCGUUUAGUGUGUUUGUUAUUGCUUUAGCUUAACAACGAAUGACUGUCUUGUUAGUUUAGUUUAGGGAGAACCACGUCGAUGUCAAUUCGUUAUUUUAACGUAUAAACCCUAAGGAUAAAACCCGAAGGGUUUUUGUUUGAACAAUUUGCAAAAUAGCCUUUUUUAAUUGGAGCGCGUUUAUUAUUGACUGAUUCGAAUUCGAAACGGUGGUUCUCCUCGUGAUUAAUUGUUAUCUAACCCUUCUGGUACUAUUGUUGAAUUGUCUACGCAGCCAGAAUAAGUAUAAUAUAAUAUAUAUGAUUGUGUUGUAGCAAUUAUUGUUGAAAUUAAUAUAAAAAAAAUCAUCUUGGCUGUAGUGUUAUCAAAGGAAGAGAAAACUAUUCGUCAAUUAGAUGCUUAGAAGAACAUGCCAUAUCAGUUGUCAAUUUGAUGAUUUUAACGUAUUUAGAGGCUGUUAUGCGGACUGCUUGUUUCCCGAACACCUCGAGUCGACGGCGAAUUUCGUGAAUAAAAAAAACCAAUGCCUUUAAACAGACUAUAAAUUUUUGCCAAAAAAAAUCUCGGUUGUAUCCCUUUAUCCCAAAUCACUGCCUUGUAAAAAUUUCUACUAUACUUCUUUAUAAAAAAAUCUAAUUAGAAUUGCUUUGUUAGAUAAGGAUUAAGAUCGAUUUUUCCUAACGUCAAUUUAGAUACGGGAACAAAAAUUAAGAAUUAGUAUAAGUACAUAUGCUUGAUAAACUGAAAAAUUUAAUAAUCAUCUUGUAAAUUAAUUAAUUAACCCUUCAAUUUAGCGAAACUCCAAUUUCCUAAACAACAUCUAACCAUAUACAACCAUUUAUAUAAAUCAAUGUAACUGAUACAUGCGAGUGAGAUUUUUUAUCAGCACGAAUUUAAAAUCGACCGAGGUGUUUGUAUGCCUUGUUGAAUAGAUUACCUACCCCUACGUUCGCUUAUCCUGUUAGCAAACGGCGGCAGUCCGUACGUUGCAUGCAAAGUGCCACGGGAGACGGCGCGCCGGUUAUUUUGUUGUUAUUUUGUCGCCGAGAACGCGCCGAAAUGCUCGGAAUCCGCGAAGACCUAGUCAUGUGUAAUCGAAAGAAACGACCGUAUUGUGGAAUACGUCCGUGGCACUUUCCACAUUUACCUAGAAUAGCUGGAACUCGAUGUCUAAGUUGUGUACUAUAACAUUUAUUUAGAGAUAUUUAUCUGUAAAAAAUAUUGUAUAUAAAAUUAAUAUCAAUAGAUUCUAAUAGUUGUAUUUUAAUGUGUUGUUUUAUUGGUUGUGAGGGGGCGGGUAUAUAGUUUCGGUUUGUCGAAUUUUUUAUGAUUGAUUGUUUUUAAUUAUGAAUUAAUUCAGUUUCUCGUUCAUUGUUGGGUUUUUCCGGUCACUGGGUAGUACCCGAAUUCUAUCGAAACGCGACCUUUAAGAGCUCACAUAACUAUCGAAUUUACCGUAAUUAUUCUAAUAAAGCGAUUGAAAAACCCUCCGAAAGUGUUGUUAAUUUUACAUCUAUAAC